AUGACUCUUGACUGGGAUUCCUGGCGGAAGAAUGGGUAUCUUCAUAUCCCCGAAUACCUCAAUUAUCUUGAAGGCUGUGGCAUCGGGGAGCGGGUGCAGAAUGCAUUGACCCGGUAUGCAUACGACAGCAAUGGACCGGAGCUAGGGCAAAAGUGCUAUGACCUUCUCCGCGAGAUGAUUCAACAAGACCCACUUUACUACGCCCUCAUCGUUGAAUGUCGCCCAGAUAAGGAAUCCAAUCUCGUUCAUCGUUCCACUAUGACGCCCUCCAAUCAUCAUCACCAGUGGACGCCUCCGAACAUGUUAGGGCACCAACACGAUAACGAUAUUCAAAGCAGUAUCUUACUGCCCACCCUCGCUGUCAACCACCUGGUCAACCUGGUACCCGGAUCACAUACAGAAGCACAAUCCCCCUUGGCACUCCACCCGUCCAACGUAACACUCAACCCCGGGGAUCUGAUCAUCAUGAUGCCAACCCUUCGACGAGCGGAGUCCACAUUUUCGGCCAGUGCGUUGUUGAAUCUAUCGCAGGCUGUGGUAGGCGGAAGUGAGCUUGCUUCCAUGUCUACCGCCGAUGCUCUCCUACUAGACAGAGUCCCCGGAACGGAGGCCCUUCCUCCCCAAACCCGUGACGAGCAGAACCACCAGCAGCAUCAGCAGCAGCCUUGCGAGGGUGGCUUGGACUGUGCCUCCGCGCUGGGCGAGGCCUUGACUGGCCAUCGGGACUGGAACGACCCGAAGGUCACUUACCAGUGCAAUAUCGUUCUGGGCACUGAUCAUGGAGCCGCCAUGGCCUUCGUGACGCGCAUCCGCGAGCGCCUUGCCCUAGACUUCCACGAAACACUGGAUAUGUUCGAGAACUCUCGCUCGGACGGCGGCAGCGGCGGCGGGGGCGGCGGCAGUGCAGCCGCUUUGUGGAGUGCAACGACAGUUAACGUCAACACUGAAGGCACCUGGCCGGAAUUCAGUCCUGGGGAGCUGGACCUGACGGAAUUAUUUGGCGUCGAUUCCACGGGGAAUCAAGUCCUUCCUAGCACCACUGAUCUUACGUCAGUAUCGUCGCUGGUUGGUUAUGGAUAUGGUUUGUGA